AUGGACAUCUCUCAAAGAGACAUCAAACUAGGUAUCGGAUUAGUAGCUGCAGCAGCAUCCAGAUACUACUUCAAUAAGCGGCAACUAUGGCCGUGGCGGAUCUCUACUCUCAUCGCAUGGCCAGCGCUCGGGCUGGCCGUCAUGGAUACCGUCAUCAGCUACCAGGCACCCAAGGACGUCAUCAUCCGCAAGGUGCUCGAAGCCAAGGAGAAAUCUGAGCAGUAG